CGUAGAAGAAGAAAGAGUGACGUAAUACGUAGAAAAAAAUAGAGGCCAUGGUCGAAGUGGAUUGUAAAAACAUCAACUGUACCAAUUGUAACUCUCUUUAUUAUCAACAAAACAUGUGGUCGGAUGUGUCAGCAAUGCAGGGUGGUUACAAGAUGUUUAUGUUCAACUUUCAGGUUGAUAUUCUCGGCGGAGAGAAACGAGGGCGAGCGUCCAAGCGAGGAAUACAAACGAAUCGCUGGGAGUAUGGCGACAAAUGGAGAGGAGGCGAGUGGAGGAGAGGAUGGGUCGGAGUCCGAGGUGGCUGAGCUUCGCCAGAAAGUAGAGUCGCUACAGAAACAACUGAAAAGCUGCAGAAAAGAACUGACUACAUUACAGAAACAACUGACCACAUUACAGAAACAACUGAGCAAGUCUGAGAGGCUUCAGAAGAACACAGAAGGCUACAAUGAAGACUUGAGGAAACAGGUCGACAGGCUAAGUAUAGAGAUUCAUGAACGAAAGACGAAGGCGAAAGAGAAAGCUGAAGCUGAGACACAGACAGCAGAAUAUACCUGGUCAGAAACUGAUUAUUACAACUACUACUAUGGAGGAGGCUACUACCACGGUGAUGGUGUGGCAACAGACAGCGAGGGGAUUGUGUUAGCAGAGGGGCAGGAAGCCACUGAUGCCUCAGAGAUGACAGCUGCAGAAUCAACCAAUGACACAGCUACAUAUAUGAUUACAGAGACGGCAACGGUUACAGAGGUGUCUGUAGAUGGUGGUAUAGCUGCUGGUCAACCAGAGCAAGAGGUGGAUGCAGGCUCUAUAGCUGACAUGCUGAGAGCCACUGCUGAGCAGGCCAUGACACAGACUGGCUUUGUGUUUGAUGAGACCACCGGGAUGUACUACGACCACAGCACUGGCUUCUACUACGACUCGGCCAGUCAGUUGUACUAUGAUAACAACACAGGGAUGUACUACUACUACGAUGCAGAGAGUGGCAAGUACCAGUUCCACUCCAGGAUAGAGGUUUCUACUGUACACCCUGUCUCAGAGACCAGCCAGGAGAAAAGGAGCCUGGACAAGAAAGGCAGGAAGUGGAAGAAAGUUCCAGAGAAAGCCUCUCGUCAGGAUGAUAAGGGCCUUGUAAAGGAGCUCGAGUUUGAGGAGUGGAUCGAGCGGCGAAUCCCCAAGAGGGGAGUGGCCUCGCGCAGGCAGAGGGGGCGGUCUGUCACUCCAGACACUCCUCCACAGAAGAAAAGCUCUUCAAAGACUCGCCGGGCGAAGAGCGCCGAACGCUCGCUGAAGAGGAAGACGAGGAACGUCUGGUCGCGCUCUGAUGAUGCGAGCAGCUCGAGGAGGAAGAAGGCUAAGUUGGACAGACGGGGAAGCGAGGAGGCAGCUGCGUCGCGGAGUGAUGGCUUGCGUGGGAACAGCGAGCCUGAGGAGGGGGAGAUCACCGAGUCGGAGGGAGAAUGGAGGUCUACCUCUUCCUCCUCUUCCCCCCCUCCUCCCACCAGAGACAGCUCAGAGUCAGAGAUGGAGAGUCAGGAAGUAGCUGAUGAGGUGUGGCCGCCCUGUGUGAGGGUGACAGUGGUCAGAUCUCCUGUGUUACAGACAGGAACACUCUUCAUCAUCACAGCUGACUCUCCAGCCACCAUUGGCAGGGAAAAGGAUAUGAACCAUGCCAUCAGAUUAUCUGAAAUGGGAGUCAGUAAGUUUCAUGCAGAGGUGUACUUUGACCAGGACCAACAGUGCUACAUGCUAGUGGACCAGGGAAGCCAGAACGGAACUGUCCUCAAUGGCAACCGAAUCCUACAGCCCAAAGCUAAGUGUGACCCUUGCCCUCUGACCCAUGGGGAUGAAGUGAAGAUGGGAGAGACUGUUCUGUCCUUCCACAUCCAUUCUGGGACAGACACCUGUGACGGCUGUGAACCUGGACAGGUCAUGGCUCACCUCGGCAAACACCAGAGAAACCAGCCAGUACAAACAGGUCCAGCUCCAACCAAAGAGGACAAGGAGCUGCUCAGACAGAAAGAACUGAAACAGAUGAAGGUCAAAUAUGGCCUGAAGAGCACUGAGUAUGAGGAGACCAAAGCACUGAGGAACCCCAGGUAUGUUGACAGGGCCGAGUCUCGUCGUCAGACUGUGGGCAGCGAGGGAGCCUUCCAACGUGACGACGCACCCGCCUCCGUUCACGUUGAGAUCAGUGAAGUCAACAAGGGAAGGAAGAUGCUGGAGAAGAUGGGCUGGAAGAAAGGAGAAGGACUGGGCAAAGAUGGAGCCGGAAUGAAAGACCCGAUCCAGCUGAAGAUCCGGAAGUCCCAGUCAGGUCUUGGGGCGGGAGCUGCUGUGUCGGUGGACGAGGCUGGGUCUCUGAGCAAGAACAAGACCCAGAGGAACUGGGAGAAGGCCAGAGAGAGGUUUAAUGACACCUGCCAGCCAGAUACACCCACCGUCAAGAAGGAGCAGGGCCCGGUGACCAAACCCUGGGUUAAAGGAGAAGUGACUGAAUGACAUCCUAGGCCAAUGUUUCUCAACAGUUGUAGUCUGUAUCUCAGAAAGGCCAUGGAGAAGUGAGUAGUUGACUAGACACACAGGGUGGCCUAGUUCCAAUAUAUUUACUGACUGAAUCCACUUCUUGGAAUGAGGAUGGAGUGGAAUGAGUGGUGCUGGUACUCACUUAGAUGUUAUUCCAACUUGCACUAAAGUGGGAUAUCUCCGUAUUUCCAGCCCCUUUAGAACUGUGCAGUCCCUUUAGAACUGUGCUGUGUCAUGAAUGGGCUAAGGGCUGAAGCAGAAUUGGGUAUUGUAUUUUAAAUUGUAAAAAAUUAAGAUGCUAUUGAACCUCCUUGUAAAGAAACUGUUUGUUUGUGGGCUGCCUGUGGAAUCUAUCAACUGUACAAUCAUGCCUAAUAAAUGUUGCUUUGAUUUUGCCUGCA